AUGGAUCAUCGGAUAAGCUACAUCGAUGACGAGGGCGUGUGCAUUAUUGGCAUGCAGAGGAUCGCCAUGCUACCCUUGAUCAUUUUUGAGGUCAUUUGCCUGACUGCUCUCUUCGUCGUUCCCCUCCGCAGUCUCUACUCGUAUCAAAACAACACAAACCCUACACUCCGUCGGAUAGCCAAGCGCUCGCUCAUGGGCUCCCUCGCCACCCUCACCACCUCCGUCGUCAACCUGACCGUCCUCAUGAUACUGCAAGGUGAACCAGCCUGGAUCUGCUUUAUCUGCUGCAACGCCGACAUUCUGUUCUGUUCGCUGGUCCUACAUUGGGUCACAUCCAAAGACAAGACGAUGAUGACUACCGACGCAACGAGCGGUACGGGAGGCGAAAACAUUGGUUCAAGACACGGUACAACAUCACAUCAAAGACGGCAAAGCAAGUUGAUGUAUGGAGACAACACCGAAGAAAAGCUGCGCAGCGAAAUCAUCACCAUCAAGGGCAUGGCCGACGUGUCGCCGACCGGCGGCAACAGCAUCAGCAUCAGCAGCAGCAGAACCAACAGCGGCGCAAACUCCCGAAGACCCAGCCUCAACGUCUUCCCUUGCUCGAUCAACACACACAAUCCACAUCACAACAACCGUCCACAGACUUCACCCCGAUUGGUGCUUUCAAGCGUCACAACGGAAUGCAAAUCCUCGUCCCCGCCCAGCAAAUUCCGCGCCCCAAGUCGCGGCAUGUACCGCACACCCACACGAGAGGAGUUUGGGGAUGAGGUCGAGUUGAAUAAUAUCAGGGUGCAGACUAUCCAUACGAGGGAGGUGGAGAUUGAUGAGGAGGGGAGGGAGCGGACGGGGAGUGUGAGGAGUGAGGGGGAUGAGUGGGUUGGUCAUGAGCGGAGGGUCAUUGGGGAUGGUGUGGUUUGA